CUGGCCUCAGGGAGUGGACAGGCCGCGCAGUCGACUCGUUCUGCCCCAAAAUCGAGCAACGUUUUCGUAUUCCGCACGCGAGCACCAUUCACGAGACCCGAACGAUCUUGAAAACCACCCCCGGCGCGUGCACUUCUUCGAAAAACACGGGCUAAAGAAAGGGAAAAGAAUCGAGUUCGAGUCCGCGUGUCGCCGAAGCUGAGUCUCCGCAAGCGAGGAGUAGGAGAUCGUCGUCGUUGGAAACUCGGUCGCGAGCAGGCGUGUCUCUCGAGAAAAUUAUCGCUCGGUCGGGGUGGCCCUGAAAGCAACAGGGGUGAUCGUUGCUGCUUAGCAGGGGUGGUUCGCGGGAGAUCAUCUUCGUCGGAGACUCUUUGUGCUUCGGACACCGUUUUCGGACGUUUUCGUUGAUUCUAUAGUUUCGUUUCUCAUUGCCUGGGUUUAUCAUUGAGAUCGAGUUCGAGAUGUUUUAAGGGUAGCCGCGAAGGGGAUAUUGUUCACGACCAGCGUGGUGGAUUAUGCGUGAUCGUGGAAGCGUGGAAGUGAGGUAAAAGUGUUUUUUCGGGGCAAACGCGACCCGCCGAGCGAGGGGGCUCCGGGAUCCGAGCAACAGGAAAAUACGAGCUCGAUGCCGGAAGCUUCGGGAUCGGGGGUGGCCGACGAGUCGGAUUAUUCGGCUUUCGAGAGGAGCGGCCUGGCCGACGAGUCGGAUUAUUCGACUUUCGAGAAUAAAACCGGCUUGGCCGACGACAUGAAGUUCCUGGCUCGAAUGCCGGAACUUUGCGAUGUCACGUUCCUCGUCGGCGAUACCAGGGAGCCAGUGUGCGCUGUGAAGGCUGUCCUAGCGGCGAGAAGUAGAGUGUUCCACAAAAUGCUCUAUCAAGCGCCGAGUCCGCAACGCAAGAAAGACCCACCAUCCCGUGAUAAGAUCCGUAUGUUCUUGAAAAGAAGCUCGGAACCGCUGUUGAAUCUACAGAAUGCGGCGCAACAGCGGUCAGGGUACACGCAGCAGUUGGCUACCAUUCAAGAGCCGCAUCCAACUUUAAUCAUCGAGGAGUACGAGCCCGACGUGUUCCGUCAAGUGAUAGAGUACAUUCACACCGGUUGCAUUAUCCUGCAGCCUAGAACAUUGUUAGGAGUAAUGAAUGCCGCGGAUUAUUACGGCUUGAACCAGCUCAGAAGUGCCUGCGCUGGAUUUGUUCAAUGCUGUAUAACCGUGGAUACUGUCUGCGCUUUAUUGGCGUCUGCCGAACGAUAUAUUCAGUACAAAUGCACGAAGUCCUUGGUUCAGAAGGUCUUGGAAUUCGUCGACGAACAUGGCAACGAAGUGUUGAAUUUAGGAUCCUUCACUUUGCUCCCUCAACACGUGGUCCGACUGAUUUUAGCGAGAGAAGAGCUGCGCGCUGAUGAAUUCACCAAGUUUCAAGCGGCCUUAAUGUGGAGCAAGAAGUACUGCGACAGCAAUCAAAACGUCAGCCUGAAAGAUGUGAUAGGGAAUUUCCUCGAGUACAUUCAAUUCCACAAGAUCCCAACGACCGUGUUAAUGAAGGAGGUCCACCCAUUAAAUCUGGUGCCUUCCGCGACCAUCAUGAACGCGCUGGCCUAUCAGGCAGACCCGACCAGUGUCGACCCGGACAAACACUCCCCCCACAGAGUGAGGCGCCAGGGUCGCUGCAUGUCGGUGCAGUCCUCCCUGGACCCGUACGGUAGCAACACGACACUGAGCUCGAACGGUUCCGACGCGGGCUCCGACCAGAAGCAGCAUUCAGGUAAAAACAGCGUAGCGGAGCAAGACUCGACCGGCGAGCAGCCGCAGCCGAUGCAGCAGCAACACCAGCUAGACCAACGGCCGAAAACACCGAGGCAAGAGGACGAAGAGGACCUGCAGCGUCAGAUCGAGCAGAGGAUACAGCUUCAGCUGCUACGCCAGGAGCAAGAGCAGAAGAGACAGGAGGAGGAGGCCAGGAUGCUGGAAAGGGAAGAGGAGCUACGGAGACAGAUGGAAAUGGACGAGAAAGGGAAGAAGUCCGAGGAUAAAGAUGGAAAGGAGUCGAAGAAGGACAAGCAGGAGAAGAGGAAGAAGAGCAAGAAGUCGAAGAAGGAGUUGAAGAAAGAGAUGAAGAAGAGGGAGAAGGAGGAGGCGGAGGAGUUGAAGAGGCAGGAGGAGUUGAAGAGGCAGGAGGAGGAGGAGAUGAGGAAAAGUCAACAGGAGGCGGAGAAGUUGAAAAGUCAACAGGAGGCGGAGAAGUUGAAGAGACAGCAGGAGGCAGAGAAAUUGAAGAGUCAACAGGAGGCGGAGAAAUUGAAGAGUCAACAGGAGGCAGAGAAAUCGAAGAGACAGCAGGAGGCAGAGAAAUUGAAAAGCCAGCAAGAGUCAGAGAAACUACAAAGCCAGCAGCAAGCAGACAAAGUGGAGAGCCAUCAGCAAACAGAGAAGCCGGAGACUCAGCAGCAGGCGCAACCACUGAAACCAGCGUCAAAGAAGCAAGUACCUAAGAAGCAAGAAGAGAAACAGCAAGAUCGUCAGCGGAGUGAUGAAUCAACGGUUCAAAAGGAGAAAGGAGGUUUGCAAGAAGCGAAGGAGGAACACCAAGAGCUGAAAGAGGAAAUUAAACUCCGAGACCAACAAGACGAUCGGAAACAUCUCGAAGAUAAGGCUACCGCGCCCAAGGAACUGCUGAAUGAUCAGGAGAAGGAAGAGCAGCAACGGAUCCUGAAGGAGAGGAAACUGCAGCUACAGCUGCAGAAGCUGAAGCUCCACCUGGCAGUUCAGCAGGAAAUUAUUUUACAGAAGCAGGAGGACGCGUUGCUGAGACAGAUACAAGAAAGACGACGCGAAGAGGAGCUAGAAGCUCAUCAGUAUCAGUUGUAUUUCGAAGGCAGGAAGCCUGAAGCCGAGAAACCCGUGGAGGAGCAGGCAAAGCCAAAGGAAGCGAAGAAAGAGGAAAGAGUGAAGAUUCGCGUGAAGAAGGCAGAGGUUCAGAAGAAGGAGCAACAGGAUCAGCCGCAGGAGCAAGAGAUCGCUGCUCCUAGAGAAGGAGUGAGCGGUUUCUAUAUAAGAUUGGUGGUGAGGCAGGAAGGCCGAGCGAAUUUGGUUUGGCUCCUGAAAACACACAUGUUCUAAAGAUGUCCGUUUCGUUGUCUUCUAUUUCUGGUUUGCCACCUGGUUGACACCUGUCGCCAUGGAUUCGUUAUUUCCGCGACGGGAAACUAUUCCAGAGUAUAACAGUCUGUCUCGUCGCCUAGAUCUUGAGGAUCCAUCGUUUCGAUUUACAGUCUAACGCGAGAUUGCACGCGGUCGCGUGUUGCUCGAUGAUGUUUUAAGGUUGUCGGUGUGAGUGUGCGAGUGAGCAGGCGCUCACGGUUAGACGCGUUAAUAGGAAUCGAUGUACCUCGGGCGUGGACCUAGGAUAAUUACAUUGAACGUUCGUUUCAAAUUUUAUUGAUUUCGUUGCUGGAGGUUUAUUAAAUGUUUGAUCGGGAUUUUUGGAGUUUGUCGAUGAUCGGUUGAUAUUUUCGGUUGGUUCGUUGAAUAGAUGCUGAACGAAAGGAAAUAUAUAAACAUCUUAUUGUUGUUCGAUGGAAAUAUUUAUUGAGAGACUGAUUUGAGAAACUGUUUCAAUCGUUAUAUUUAAUUGUUCUGAUUUGAUCUUCAUUCUGAAUCGUGUAAGAUAUAGUUUAUUAACCGAUGAGUAGAUGUGUUUGAUUGUUUCACUCUUUAUUACUUCUUUGUGUCAAAAAUAUGCUAAAUGUUUAAGCUGUUUAUCUAAUACUAUCUUCUAGAUAUUUUGUUAUUAAUAAUGAUGAUUCUUAAAAGUUUAAAAUUAAUUCUACUGAGAUCCAGUUAUUUAAAUUCUUUUCUGUGUAAUAUUUCAAUCUUUCCAGUCCACAAUUAAUUUCAGUUAUGAAUGUUACGAUUGAAUACUUUCCAUAUACAAACAUACGCAUUCUACAAUUAAAAAUAUACUUAAUUUAAUUCAAAUGAUCUAUCAGGAAUAUUUAAUAGUACAAAAGCGAAUAAUUGAUUUGUAUAAUUAUUACUCAUUACUACUUUCAACUGCGAUCUCUAAUCAAUUAUUUUAAUCAAUCAUUUCAAUACACCAUAUAAUUUUCUACUUUAAUCGACGCGUUGGACAAUGAAACACUAAUUUCUAACGACAUCUUAAUUAAGUCGAUGCUUCCUCGUCAUUUUUCUACUCUCUCAUACUGAAUACACUUAUCAUUAAUGACACUACACUUGCAAGGCAAGAAUGUUCCCUUCUCGGACACACUAUCAAUUUUUUACCAAACUACUGGACCCUCUCCAUUAUAUAUACUACACGAAAUGAUCGUUUCUAUCAAGCUCGAACGAGCUCGCCAAGAUCCGUUUUACCUGUGACCAAUCACAGACGAUGAAAUAUAUUUUAUCACAGACAUCGAUCAAAAAUCCAAUUGCGUGAAGCAUGUCGAUGCCAACAAAGGGAACGAAAGAACAGAGACGCUGGUCGGUGAUGUUAUUGUUAAACAGUUUUACCGUAGGACAUAUCCAUCGAUUGCCGUGAAUUAUGUAUGUCAAAGGACUGCAAAGACUAACUAUAUAUACAUAUAUAUACAUAUAUAUAUAUAUACGCGCAUGUAUAUAUAUGUGUAACUAUACAUCUAUAUUUGAUACUAUACUAAAUGAAAAAUAGAGUGUUAUAGGCUCGUGUUGCUUCCGUGCGAGGUACUCGAGAACUUUAGAUGAUUUGACAAUGACAAACGAUUCCUCGAGACGCUGGUCAACCUGUUUUCAUUUCAAUUUUGCUAUUUUAUUAAUAACAAAUGAAUAAAAAAGACGUUGACAGAGUCACAGCCUCGAAGAUUUGUGAGUGAGAAUAUUUGUCUACUGAGUGUUUAAGGAUGAUUAGUUGAAGUUUCUUUGUAUUAGUAGUUGGAAUAUGAAUUUGAUACCUUUUUAUAAUAUUUUAGGUGUUUCUCACUGUUUUCGGAGUGUGUAUUUCAUUGACGUUUUCAAUUAACGCCGCUGCUUUCGACGCUGUCCCUGACGUUUCCACAGUUUCGUUCGCCAUUUUGAAUCGCCGGAGAACGCGGGAGGCUACUGCCGCGAGAUUACUUCGUUAUUGUAAAUGCAAUGAGAUUUCUAAGAAUUUCGUUCACGAAAAUGUGAAUGUUUAAUAUAAUAAUGAUGUUUACAUGACUGACAGCGAGGAGGAGAAUAUUCUGAUUGUUUCUUACGGUUUUUUUGUAGAUACUUUGAUGGAAGUCGAUUACUUUAAAUUUUUCAAACUGUCUCAUUACUUAAUUAAUUAAAUCGUUAAUAUUUAAUUAAUUUACGCUUCUUGUGUUUUCUAGUCUUUCUUGAAAAAAUAAUAUUUUACAUGCGUCAACAUAUUGUGCAAAAUUUUAAUCGUUUACAAGUAUAAUCUAUUUUAUUGAGAUAUUUGAUUUUUACGAACAACGAAUAUUUUUUUCCUUGGAUGUCAGUUCAAAAGAAAUUGUUUAAGAGAUGAAUAAAAUCAGAGUGUUUAUAAACGUUGUUGAUCGAUGUAAUACUCAGCAUUAAUAUAAAGCACGUCGACAAUUUCCGAUUCGCCGAAUGCUAAAAUCUCAAAUUCUGUUAGCAAGAAGUGUUGAGGGAGUAAAACGAGGAAAUGAAUGUUAAUACUUAUAUAAUAAACGAUUGCCGAACGUGGCAAUCGCACGUACUUUGAAACAAUGUACUUACGUGUGUUAAGGCGCGAACGUGAUUGCUAUUUUCUGCGUGUGCAACAGCAAAUAUUCUUCGAAUGAAGCUAACCGCUCAAGGAUGAUCAAUAAAGAUCGCCUAAAUGUUGCACGAAUAAUACAAUCAAUUCUUUCUUCAAUAAUACAAUUUGAGUAACAACUUUUUGAUCAACUAUACAGAAAAACAAAGCAUCGUUGCGUUACGAAAGAUUCUAUAAGACUGUGAAAAACAUUUCAUUCUAACUUCGAUAACUAUAAAUUAAUCAAAUUUUUUAUACAGUGAGAUUCUUAUAAAAUGAAAGAAUGGAAUGCUACAUAAUUUAACAUUCCAAGAUUAGAAAACUUUGGAACACGAAGUAUCGUCAUCGAAGAUUCUGAAGCAACAUUCGAAGAAGCAUUUGCGACAAUCUCGCGUACGUAUUGUGUACGACCAGUUACACGAACGCGAGUUUCGCUCGAAGGCUGCAUUGAAACUAAAAGAAAGCGAGGGACUAAUAAUGAGCAAUUAUCUUCUUAAUAGCCGUGCAAUUGUCUGUGCAAUCUCCGUGCAACGUUGUGCGCAGAGUAACACGCAGCGAUUUUGUUGUUAGCGAAACAUGUCUCGUGUGUAAAUAAAAGGAACUGUAAAAUUUCUGUAAAUUUCGUACCUCGCAAGCCGCACUGCUUCCGUUCGAUAGAACUGUUUAGUACCGAACGAAGGGAGAAGCUAUUAUCGGACUGUGGAGUUUAUGCGUUCAUCGUAGACACCGAGUGUUCAAGGCGCAGCGUUGAGAAAAAUGAAAAUUUACGAAGCGUGUAGCAUCGUUUUCAGUUUACAACCGACUGAAAGGAAAUAUAAAAUUGAAAAGUUUCAUUUCUGUUUUCUGUUUCUCGAGAUCGCGGUUUCUUGAAUUUGCAUAAACAUCCGCAGCCGCAUUGUCGUUGUGAUUGUGAAAUUCUCGCUAUUCCUCUGUUAAACGUCGGACUGUCGUGUAUAAUAGUAUGUAUAAUUGUUAACUGACUUAGGAGAGUAAGAACGGCAAGAAAGAUAAUGGAUCUUCUGUGUGCUUGGAUUUUCGUUGUUCUCCUCGCGUAUAUCAUCGACAAUACUUUGUUCGUAUAACACAUGCUCUUGUCUCAGGUUCAACUGUCAUGAAUACACAGAGCUAUUGGAAAAGAGUAUAAUAAAAGAAGUUGUGAUUA